AUGGAGGCAGCUGACAAAGUAGAAGACGCAAAGAGGCGCAAGUCUACCAACGCUGGCCAUGACACAAAGAAACCAUGGAUACCAGAAAGCGGUCGCAGAAUAGCAACUUGCAAUUGCAGAAGGCAUGACCAAGUUUGCUCUGAGAAGAAGGCGUCCGGAAGGUCUCUCAGAGCUUUCGUGGCGGCGUGGUAUGAGAAGCACUUUGAGGAGUACCAGGCGCUAUGGGAUGGCAUGAAAGCUGGAGCCAGCUUCAAGGCGGAUGGUCCUAAUUGGAAAGGUCAAGCUGUGCGGCACCUGGGCUUGCUACCUGGAGCUGACCGUUGCCCACUCGCUCGUGACUUUUCGUCCUCAGCAACGAGGGCGAGGUCAAGCUGCAUACUCACGGUGGCACUGCGCGGCCCCUUUGCCUAUACUUCGAUAUAG